GCAGCGGCCCGGCGAUCCCGUCGCGAGGAUUGCGUUUCUCCUCCUCGGGCCGGCGAUGAAGGCGGGCGGCGGCGCCGGGAGGAGGGAGGAGGCGGCGCUAUGGCUGUGGCUCCUGCUGAUCGCGACCGCCUGCAGCUUCGCGUUUCUCCUACUCAAUCUCCCUGGUGGGGAGCGCACGGGAAGGCCCCAGUUGUCCAUGAAGGAGAUUGGGGAGAUCGCGAGACUCGACGCCCUGCCCGAAGAGAUAGAAGGGCAAGCUGAUGAAAUAGCUGCAGAGGAAGAUGAAAGAAUCUCCAGAUCCUCCCCUAGCACUAAGGAGAAGAUAUGGAUGAUGCAAGAUCAGCUAAUUAUGGCCAGGGCCUAUUUACAGUUUGCUUCUCCACAUGGCAACACACAUUUUGUCCGGGAGUUGAAAUUGAGGAUGAAAGAGAUAGAGAGGGCGAUAAGUCACUCUAGCAGUGGUUCCCGAGUACCUGGAAGCACACUGCAGAAAAUGAAGGCGAUGGAAUUGACGUUAUGCAAAGCCUAGAGAGCCUACCCACAUUGCUCUCACAUGGCACCAAAGCUACGUGCAAUGACAUACAACAGCGAAGAAUUGGUCAGAGCUCAUCGAAGUGAAUCUUCAUUCCUUGAGCAGGUGGCUGUGAGGACAUCACCUAAAGGACAUCACUGCCUAGCACUGCGACUUACUUCAGAAUGUUUUUCUUUGGAUCCCAAGGAACGUGAGUUUCCAAAAAGAUCCAGUAUGGUGAUGGAUGACUUCCAUCAUUAUGCCAUAUUCUCGGACAAUAUACUAGCCGGUGCAGUGGUUAUCAACUCUACGAUUGCUACAUCAAAGGAUCCAAAAAGGAUAAUGUUUCAUGUUAUAACUGAUGCAUUGAGUUUUCCUGCAAUGAUGAUGUGGUUUCUGACAAAGCCACCAAGUCCUGCCACAAUUCAAAUUGAAAGCAUGGAUGAGUUGAAAUGGCUCCCUGUUGAUUUCAGUUCCAGAUUUAAGCAGAAGGGUAUUCGAGAUCCAAGAUACACUUCUGCACUAAACCACUUGCGCUUUUACUUGCCUGAAGUAUUCCCUUCUCUGAGCAACGUUCUACUCUUGGACCAUGAUGUUGUAGUCCAAAAAGACUUAAGUGGAUUGUGGCAGGUAGAUAUGAAGAGUAAAGUAAAUGGUGCUCUUGAGACAUGCAGUUCUGGCAAUGGCUACCAUCGAUUGGACAACCUUGUAAAUUUUUCUGAUCCAAGUAUCAUCAACAAAUUUGAUGCAAAGGCUUGCAUAUAUGCAUUUGGGAUGAACAUUUUUGACCUUAAGGAAUGGCGUAACAAGGGUUUAACUGCAGCUUAUGAUAAAUGGUUUCAGGCAAUCUAAAUGAAGACUUUUGGGCUGUAUGAUAUUAAAUUAGCUUGGAUCUUGAUGUUAAUCUCAUGCAUGCUACCUGAAAGCUCGUACUUACCCAAAUAUGGCGCAGCCCAGAAAACAACCCUAUUAAACAUGGGGCAAAAGGCGGAGAGUAUGGAAGGCAGGAAGCUUACCACUGGGGCAGCUUGUCUUCUACAACCAAACAGUGCCUCUUGACCACCGGUGGCAUGUUCUUGGGCUCGGUCAGAAUAGCAACACGGGAAGAGAAGAAAUCGAGAGGGCAGCUGUUAUCCACUAUAGCGGGAACCUUAAGCCCUGGUUGGAGAUCUCCAUCCCCAAGUACAAAGAGUACUGGAACAGGUUCCUUGGCUACGACAACACAUACUUGCAGCAGUGUAACAUCCACAAGUAGAGAGCAAUAGAAGGUAAGGAGAUUUCACACGAUGGCUAGUGAAUACGCAGAUUUUGCGAUAGUGCUAAAAUAGUAGUGUGUAGUAAACUGAAUAGCUGAUCUUAUGCAUUCUUUUGUAGUUUUACUCCUAUAUGUCUUUUUCUGUAGUUUUACUCCUAUAUGUCUUUUUCUAUAGUUUUACUCCUAGGUGUCUUUUUCUGUAGUUAAGAUUACGCGCCUUUGGCCACUUGUUGAGGCAUUUGUAAAAGAAAAGUGAAGAUAUCCUUGAAUAAAAAGGCUAUGACUAAACUAACAACACUGAAAUUUUGAAU